AUGUUAUGCCAUUGCUCGAAUUGUCAACGUGCUGGUGGUGGAUUAGGAUCAAUGGAUUGCAUGUUAUCUGACGACAACGUUGUUAUCAUUAAUGAUAAAUCGCCAAUACCGAAAUAUGAAGAUAUGGAUAUGAAAUCGAAAGGUGCAGUCGAACGGCACGUUUGUAGUAGAUAUGGUAGUCCGAUUUACUACAAGGCUCCGAAAAAUAAUCUAAGAAUGACGAUAAUUAAAUUGAGCUUGUUUGCUGAAGAAUUGAACGAAUUAUUAUGUCCAUAG